AUGGCACCAGCAGCCCCCAAAGCAGGAGCACGGAAACGUAAUAGAAAACGAAAGCGCAGAGCUUACACCUCCUCUUCUUCCUCGGACGACGCCAGUGACUCCGACUCGAGCGCCGCUUCCGCUGCGUCACCUCAAAAGAAACCACCAGCACCAGCUAAACCCGAAGCGCCCACCGACGACUCUGAAGACUCGGGGAGCUCGUCUGACUCCUCGUCCUCAUCAGAAGACAGCGAUGAAGACUCGGACGAGGACGCAGGCCAGCUCAUAGCCACGCCCGCGGACGCAGCCUCGGCGCCCAAAAAGCCCGCGCGCAGGCCGCGCUCGCCGUCUCCGCCCCCAACCAAGCGCGACAUCCCGCCUUUCCUUCCGCCGACCUCGGCACCCGGUGCGGCAGAGAAGGAGCAGGCGCUGAGGGACAACUUUAGGCGGUUCUGGAUGGCGAGUAUCGCGGAGGGGUUCAAGGAUGAUCUAGAGGAGAUCCGCAAGGAGCCUAAUCUGGGGCCGUCGAGGCUGGCACUGCUCAUUGACUCGCUCGCGUCGGGUGCGGAUGUAUUUGGUGCGGAGGGAGACGUAAAUGAGAUGGAGGUGGUUCUGAACGCGGACAGCUAG